AUGGAUGAAUUUCCUCCAUGUCAGGUCGCCCUCGACUACCUAGAAAUAAACGAGAUCAAGGCACUAUUCGAAGACGAGCCUUAUGGCUUGACAACAGAACGGCUAUACCUCUGCCCUUGCUCGCGAUGCACUCGGGACGGCGGAUCAAGAGAGUACCGUUCGGACUGCUUUAAGGAGCGUCGAAAACAACAGGAACUGAGGGGAGACUACGCCCUUAUUUAUGCACUUCUCAUCAGUAUCCGUCGCCCAGGGCUUAUUCACAUGUUUCAGAAGUACGAGCUAAAGCUCGACGGGACUAGGUACUUUCGCGACGCGGACUUUGACGACCUCCGUCAUCGAGAGACGGUCUUGGACUUGGAGACAGUACAAAGGAAGAUACUGGAACAGCAGUAUAACUUUCUUGUACGGACACUUCGACCAGCGCCGGACGUCGUAUUUAUCCCAACAAAAGAAUUGCUGCCCAUCAAAGAGGAUACGGAGCUCAAGGGAGAAGGAACAUUAGCAGAAGUCAGAUGUUUCGAAUUCCAAGACGACGACUAUCGGUCGGAGGACUUUGGACCACAUAUCAAAAGGUUCGCUCGCAAGAUCUUCAGGCAUGGUAUGGGCAAAGCCGUCGCGAAAGAAUGGUACAAUCUCCAGAGGCUUUCGAAGGAGGAAAACCACCCGCACCUCAUGGUGGCUUUGGGCGCGUAUUGGCAUGGUAGUCACUUCUUCAUCUUGCAGGAAGAAGCUGACGGAUCACUUCACGACUACCUUAAGGGACCAGGAGACGUAUUCGACUUCCGGGAGCUCUGGGCGCAGAUGCAAGGCGUUGUUGAAGGGCUCAACACUCUCCACAAACUUUACAAAGGGACCAGAAUCGAGUACCACCAGAAUCUGAAACCCGCAAACAUUCUGAUAGUGAAGGGAACGAUGAAGAUUGCAGAUUUCGGCUUGAUAGAAUUAAAGGCGGCAACGUUGGCAGCUGACGCAGACCCGACCGAUGUUCCGAACGAGCACAACACUGGCUACUAUGCCGCCCCUCGUCGAGGCGGAUACACCCGAGAAUGCGAUAUAUGGUCACUUGGAUGCAUAAUGUCUGAGGUCGCAACUUGUGACAUCCAAGGUCGGGACGGAGUUAGCCACUACAAGAAGGCUCGCAUGGCUGAUGGGCCAUCUGGCAAAGACACUCCGCGCUUCUCCUAUGGGCGAAAGGUCAAGGAUGCAGUUAUAUUCAUGCAUAAGCAGCUCUAUGCUUCUGUUCAAUCAUCAACGCCGACUGACGGAAACCCAACAAGACAAUUACAGAAAAGAUUCUACAACGAACGUUUCUUCGACCUCUUGAACAAGAUGUUCUGGUGGGGUCGUGCGUCCGCCGACUUGCCAGAAGUCUCAGAUAAGGGUAUCGGCCUCGAUGCGGCGCAUGUUAUCGAAACACUCCAGAAGUUACGCAAAGAGAUUUUACCGUCUUUACCUUUGGAAACGCUGCCCUGCGAACUGGUGAUUGGUGCACCGGUAGAUUGGUCAGGUCGCGGCACAUCGCAUGUUGACUACAAGAUAGAUGAAAGAGUGCCAUUGGUAGAAGGUCGCUUUCUUGGACAUGGAGUACACGGCGGGGUUUACGAAACGGAGAUAGGAAGCAAUGGGAUUCGACUAGCAUGGAAGCGCAAAUACGCCCGACGCAAGAUCGGACAGAGUGAACGUCGAGAGAUCGAGAUCAUCAAACGGCUCAGUCAUGCGCACAUUAUACGUCUCAUAGGAACGUAUACUCGUGGGCUAGUUCUCGGCCUUCUACUAUGGCCUGUCGCUACUUGCGAUCUCGCAACACUCUUGGUAGACGCAGAUUGGCUGCAGAAACGUACAACUGAUGGAGACUGGGAAGACAGCGACGCCCUGGUAUCGGUUUACUCCGAAGACUACGAUCACGACCGAGAGCCAGCUUUCGUAUCUCUAAGCCUUACGGGCAACGAUGGUCAGCAAACAUUGAAAAGCACGAUAGCGUACCUCUGGAAGACAAUCGGUUGUAUAGCUAGUGCUGUCUCGUACUUGCACAGCUCUGGUAUCAAACACAAGGACUUGAAACCCUCGAAUGUAGUUCUGUCUGCCAACGGCCUUUGGGUAACUGACUUCGGCUCUGCAACCGACUAUUCUAUUCUGUCGUCAAGUCUUACAGACAAUGGCGAGCGUGGGACACCAAAAUACUUUAGCCCUGAGGUUGCAAGAUGGGAUCCGAGUCGUUCUGCUUCAGAUAUCUUCGCGAUGGGUUGUGUCUUCUUCGAGAUAUUCACGUUGUGCAUGGGCUAUUCACUCGAAACCACACAGACGCUACGCGCAAGGGGAGAUAGGUCGUUUCAGGCAAACCUCGACAGCAUUACACAUUGGUUCGAUAAUGACGAGGAUCUGAGCCGAAGACCAGCGGAUGAACACUUAAUCGGCUUGAUCCGGCAUAUGAUGAAACCGGAGCCGAAGGAUCGACCAAAAGCGUCUCAGGUAGAAGAGCAGAUCGCUCUCAUUGGCGAGAUUGCAAAAGCUACAGGUGAAUCGGAGUUCUCCCUGUAUGUUGAGGGCUUGUCAUGUUCCUGUUAG